GGAGCCGUCGCCCAGGUACGGCCUGUCCUGUAUGUACUUGCGCACAGUUAGGUCAAGCAGCGGGCUGUGGGCGCCAACACCGGGCUGGGACAAUGCACAGGCGACCCUGCUGGACACGAGCAGUUCUUAUCAAUUUACUACUUUUACUGGUAUGCUAUAGAGACGGACAGUGCUGCCAAAGAGGUUUUCUCAGAAGUGAUGUUGAAGCAUUAGUUACACCACAAGUUAACAAGGGACAAGUGAUUCUGACAGUGCCGCUUCACGACUGCAGUUUGGAGAGAAACGUCAGGCUAAACACCAGUGACGGCGGCUUUGAAUUUCAUCAGAAUGGAUCCAUAACUGCCACUCGGUCUGAAAAUAUUGAUGCAACACGCAAGUUUAUAGUGUGGAUGACUGAUGUCAACAGUGGAGAAAUAUGGGUGGUCAAUAUCCUGUUAAAGACAAAGUCUGAAAGGAGAGGAAUCCAAGUCAUCCGAUUUCCAGCCAGGAGGACCUCCCACCGACAGAAGCGAGAGUGGAUCUCUCCACCUAUCGAUGUUCGAGAAAAUGAACCCCCGAUGAAUAAUCCCAUUGCCAUUUUAAGGUCGGAUUAUGAUACCAAUUAUCGUAUCACCUACAAGAUUACUGGACCUGGUGCUGACGAGCCACCAAUGCCUGGGCUCUUUAAGAUUGAUCCCCACAAUGGCCAUCUAUACAUCACAAGAAAAGUGGAUCGUGAAGUCACUCCAAACUUCACUAUUAUCGGUCUUGCCUAUGAUCAAUAUGGAACAAAAAGGGAAACUCCAAUUGACCUCUUUAUUAAUGUACUUGAUAUCAAUGACAACGCUCCAGAAUUCAACCAGACAGUAUUUGAGGGGAGUGUUGAAGAACUCAGUUCACCUGGUACCACUGCACUUAUGAUAAGAGCAACAGAUAAAGACAUUGGUGAAAAUGCCAUUGUUUCUUAUAGAGUUACUAACAACAUUAAGAAAAUGUUUGCUAUCAGUUCGGAAGGGGAGAUUCGAGUAACAGACCCUCACCUGGACCGGGAGACGCAAGAUUUGUAUUCCUUACGUAUUGAAGCACGGGACUUAGGAGGAAAUAUUAAUGGAUUAAGUACAACUGCCACAGUACGCAUCAAAAUUUUGGAUGUUAAUGACAAUAUUCCCACAAUGGAGAAAACUAAGUAUGAAGUAACUGUGGAAGAAAAUUUGAAAAGUGUAACACUCCUCCCCUUGAAAGUAGAGGACAAGGAUCUGGAGUUCACUGAUAACUGGUUGGCACAUUUUACCAUCAUUGAAGGUAACGAAUAUGAACACUUCAGGAUUGAAGUGGAUAAUCGCACCAAUGAGGGAAUUUUGAUACUCCAGAAGGAAUUAGACUUCGAAGAAAUGGAGCAUAUUCAUUUAGUUAUACGAUUAUCCAACAAGGUACCAUACCACCACACAGUACCUAAAGACAUUAUAGCACAGCCCAUUGACAUAAAGGUCAUUGUCAAAAAUGUUGCAGAAGGCAUUGUAUUUAAGCCCAGCAAACUGGUGACAAAGAUCUCUGAAAGCUUGGACAUUAAGCAGUGUAAAGUCAUUGGCAUUUAUUCAGCGGUGAGUGAAGACACAGGGCAGCCACUUGAAAUGACAAAGUACGCAAAGGACAAAGAUGUGGCUAACUGGUUAAUUAUUGACUCAGAAACUGGAAAGGUUACCAUCGAUGGUAUGAUUGACCGGGAGUCUGAGUAUGUGAUUGAUGGGAAGUACACUGCAACAGUUCUGGCUAUCAGCAAUGAGCGAGGCUCUUCUGUCACCGCCACUGGAACCAUCGUGAUUAACGUGGAAGAUAUCAAUGACCACAUGCCAAAAUUUAGUAACACACAACCCUGCAUGUGCAGCCAGGCGAGAUAUUUGAAUGUCACUGCUUACGAUGCUGAUGGUUCUCCGUUUGGAGCACCUUUCCACUUCAACGUACAGUCCAAUCAAAUGUGGAAGCUGGGCCGGACAGAUGCAACCAGUAUGCAGUUGGUUCCAUUAAAACAUUUAUGGCCCGGAGUAUUUUCUGUGCCGGUGUGGAUCGAAGAUGCUGACAGAAAAGGACACACAGUUACUCUUAAGGUCUAUGUCUCUGAUUGCGACGAGAUCGACUAUUGUUCUUCUCAGAAGUUGAUUCAGUCAAAAGUAGAGCUUGGAGGUGUUGCUGCGGCACUGAUGAUCCUGCCUGUGCUACUGAUGCUGCUACUUCUUCCUUUGCUACUGCUGUUUUGCAAAUGUGGCAGUGGAUUUGGUGGGAAAAAUACCUUCAUCCUCGAUGAGACAAACAGAAUUGAUGGUACUCUGGGACAAAGCAGCAUUGAGGGAGGAGGACAAGUAGAUACGCUGCUACCACAGAUGUUUCAUUCAGAGAAAUCAGAAGAGUGGGUCGGUGAGGAGCCCAUCGAACCAACAGGUGUGGGGUUUGACCUUAUUCAUUUACCUGGGAAAACUAAAAACAGUUCAUGGUGGACUCACAGGAGAAAUGAAGGAACUUCAAUGGAGGAUUCGAUGUAUGUUGAUGGCCACAGGAAAGCAAUGUGGGAUCGACGUCCAUUUGAAAGCUGGAGAACUAGCACUAGUUUCGAAGGCUUCAUGCUGAGUGGUGCAUCCAAGUCCUUUGUGGAUCGAUACAUUAAUCAGAAGAGCCACGCCCUUGCUCAAGAGUGGAUAUCUCAGCCUUCAGAUGAUGGUCUACUCGUUUACAACAGUGAAGGAACAAACUCGCCUGUGGGUUCUCUGGGCUGUUGCAGCCUUAUUCAAGAAGGUCCUUUAGAUGACUCCUUUUUGAAUGACUUGGACCCAAAGUUCAAGAUGCUGGCAGGAAUCUGCAGUGGUGAGUUGGUGAAAGGAGCCUCUGAAGUGGCUACUUCCACAAAGUGGGAGCAGAAGAGCAGCUCUCAAACCUUGAUCCAACAGAAGGAAGUAGCGAAGAAAGAAAUCGUUUCGUCCAGCAUUACGAAUCAACAACCCAGUGGAGCCCUUCUGUUGCCUCUGAAGAAGCACUAUGUUGUGACUACCACUAUUGAGCCGAGUCAGGAAGAGUCCCUGGUUGUUGAUGAACAGAGCACUGUGACUUCACAGUACAACCGAUACCAGAACGUGUCAAUUACAACUGACCCAGCAGUGACUGCAACCACAGUCAGUUAUGGCCCAGGAGAGUUCCAAGGGACAGUCCCAACCUUCACUGUUGCUCCUGUUGUCCAGAAGAAUGUAGUGGUGACCAGGUCAACUGGUGCAGGCUUGGGAGAGAUACAGUGUAUGGCCACUGACCGACCAAUUGGUCAGAAAUCUCUAACACAGAAAACUACAGUUGUGACAAGUUCAGUUAACCCGGCAUCGGAAGGGGUGCACGAUGUGCUGUCCAAGCAGAUGAUUGGUCACGUUCCUGUUACCCAGGAGAAUUUGGUAGUCACUGGUUCAGGCAAUGUAGGUCUGAGAGAGAUCCUGCAUCACAGUCGUGUCAACACAGGCAAUUGAGAAAAAUGUGAGACCAGCAAGUCCAGCAGUGUAACAUACAAAUCAGUAUAAAAGUCUACCAAUGUUGUACAGUUAGUUCAAGAAUAGGGGUUUCCCUCAAUCUGUUCAUUACUUUGGCCUGAAAUAAUACUGGAGGAAAUAUUUUUUUAAAUAAUUUUAAAAAUGGUUAGUUUAUUUUUUGCCUCAGGUAGAAGCAGCAAGUUUCUUCACACCCCAUUCACCAGCCUAAACACUUAUCCCUUUGACCACCAACAUGCAGUGUUCCAUCAGUAAAUUCCAGCAGGCCAGGCAGCAUCUAUGGAAAAGAGUAAACGGUCGACCUUUCGGAUUCAAUGAGUCCUGAUGAAGGGCCUCUGCCCAAAAUGUCAGCUCUUUUCCAUACAUGCUGCCUGGCCUGCUGAGUUCCUCCAGCAUUUUGUGUGUGUUGCUCGGAUUUCCAGCUUCGGCAGUUUGUGGUCCAUUGGCAAAAUGCACUAUUAUUCGUUCAGAUUUAUUUCUAAUCUCUACAUCAAAACAUACAGUGAAAUGCGUUGUUUGCACCAACAACCAAAACAUCUAAAGAUGUGCUGGGGGCAUCCCACACUUUCCAGUGCCAGCAUUGCAUGCCCAAACACAGGAAUUUGACCUUCAAGCCUUAACACCAGGACUCACUGAUCAUGCCUCCUGUCCACCUAGACCUCCGACCCAGAAUUCGCCACCCUGGGGAUUGCUGGUCUCGGAUCUCGGUGCCUGCCGGCCUACGACCACCAAGCCCUCCAACUGGACUCCAAGUAUGGGCUCUUGCCCCUGACUCUUCAUUUACUGACUCUGAGAACUAACUCUCCCUCAUCCCUGUCCUUAAAUCCUAACCUGAGUUAUAUGGUUCAAAGAUCAGUUGGUUUAACACAUCAUUACACCCCCAAAAAAAGAGACAGCAUUAGCAUUGAGUAACACACACAAAAUGUUUGAAGAACUCAGUGGGUCAGACCAGAUCUAUGGAGUGGAAUAACCAGUCAACAUUUUGGGCUGAGACCCUUCUUCAGGACUGAUAUUAGGUUAAUACUAAAGUACAAAAGACCACAUUUACAGGUAAAACACAAGGUGCUGAGUAACUCCAGUUGACUAUCCCUCUGGCUGACCAUCUGAGUUACUCCAGUAAAUCAUUUCCAUGGCUUUUUUUUUAUUCUGGUAUUAUUUAACUAGUUGAACUUAAAAUUCCCCAGCAAUCAGGGGAUUUGAACCUGUGUAUCUGGACCAAUAAUCCUUAUCUCUGGGAUUGCCAGCCCAAUGACACCAAAGAAUAAUCACAGAGCCAGGGGUAUCUAAUGGCCCAAGUGACCUCAGUGUAUUUCCAUUCAGUGUUAGGUGGCGGCUCCCAAAACCAAUUGGGAAUAUCAGUAAACACUUCUUUCCAAGGGAACGGGAAGAAUGUGGGACAGGUUCAUAUAGGGAUUUCAGGUGGACAGCAGGGAAAGGUUGUGUUGAUAGGGUGACGGUAAUUAUAUAGGAAUGCUUAUCAGCCAUUGUUUGUAUCGAGUGGCAGGGAACAGUAGAAGGGUUGAGUGGCCCACUCCUGCUCUUGUUUGUAAGAGAUGUUAAGUGGAGGCUCAUCUAAGCAAUUUGAUGAAUCCAAUUAAGUGGCCUGCUUAACUGGAGACACAACAGACUACAAACAUUGAAACUUGGAGCCACACACAAUCUGCUGAAAGAACAGAACAGGUUGAACAGCGACUGUAGGGAUUGGUUGGGGGCGAUAAGGAAUUGUGGAUGCUUCAGAUUGAAGUGUUGGGAAUUCUUCAUCCCCCGCACGUUGAGUUCCUCCGUUGAUGCUACCUGAUUUGUUGAGUUCCCCAAGCAUUUUGAGUUUGUUGCUCAAGAUUUCCAGCAACUGCAGAAUAGUUUAUGAUAUUUCUACUUGUGUCUCGGUGCUAAUUUUGUGUGUGUGGGCACUCAUGUAAAGCUUCCCAGGAAAGAUCUCCUAAGAAACUGAAGUAGGGGAAGACGCCUCUCAUGUCUGCUUCCUGCAUUCAAUAGUUUCUGGUUGGUCUUUUGCCUCGGUACCCUUGCUUUACACUCAACCCGUCUCUAUUAUUUCCCAGAAUGAAUUUAAACUCUUUCUGAAUGUUCUGCUUUUGUUGAACAGAACUCUGUCCAAAGCAGCUUCCUGCUGUUGUGCAGGACAGAUGUAAUUUUCGGUGGAUUGCUCGCUUUCAUCAGCACCAGAGGGAAAUAUCUCUGAUAGGGCAUGCUAAGGAACUGCUCGUUGACACGUGCUUAUGAUCAGUGUAAUCUCAAUCAAUGUAACGUUUAGAAUUGAGUCUAUUUUUUGAAAUGGAGAUUUUAAGCUAUAUUUCACUGAAACAUUUUGAAUGGCUUUAAGUGUAUUAUGACCUUUUUUGUAACAAUAGCUUGCUGAGAUGCAUACAUAGACCGUUAACCUUCAUAAUGCAUUUUAUAUUAUGGGGCUUCAAAGUAAUAAUUGCUUUAUUUAGCAAAACAUAUUAAUCUGUGUCAAUUAACUUCAUACAGGAACCUGAGUAUAUGUUGAUUUGUCUCUUUAAUUUAGGAUUUUGUAGGUCUUGUUAUUAAAAAAUGGCAAAUUAAUCCAUGUUCUCUGUGAGGGAUGAUGUAAGAAAUUUGAUUGCUCAGGUGUUUUUCUGAAAAGCUGCAUUUUAUGUUUACACAUAUUGUUUGGAAUAAAAGAUUUUAUUAAGUAGAA